AUGGCAGCCUUCCCCUUCAACCUCUGGCACAGAGAAUAUAGACGCAACACCCUUUUACGAAGAUGGAAAGGCAAGUGGGAGAGGAGGUUGCAGGUGCGGGGCGGGCGCGGCGGCCCCUUCCGGCGCCGGGGGCUGGGCGGCCCCGGGCCGGGUGCCGCUGGGCUCCGCGCACGUGGCUGUGGGCGCUGCGCACAGAGGACGGCCGGCGGGGAGUGUAGGGUGCAGCGCCCGCCGGUGUCGACAGCUUCCGCCCAGAGCCCUUCGCGCCGCGACCUGCCUGACUGGUGGCGCGGGGAAACGCUCGCAGCACAGCGGCUCCGGCGGGCGGGCUCUGCGCGGGGCCCCGCCGAGCUUCCCGGGAGCCUCUCCCGCAGCCGAUGGGCGUCUAGGGGCGCAGAACGAAGAGUGGGCGCCGAAACGGAUGUCGGCGCUGGAGGCCGACUGGGAGGCCCGGGGCGGCCAGGCUUCUCGGUAGAGAGGGCCGUGCACCUCGCGGCUUGCGGGCUAAGGCGGGGAGCCGCUCCUGCGGCGGACGGGCGCGCGGACUGGAGGGAGGGAAGUGCCACGGACCGGGGAACCGGGGGGACGCGGAGACGGGACCGUAGGCGAGAAUGGCCGCGCGGGCUGGGAGCCCCGCCCCGGGAUGGGGUGAAUGGAGCCGCCCGAGGUAGGGAAGUUGGGGGUGGUGGUUGUGAAGACAGUCGGAGUCGGGCUCCGGGCAGACGAAACACCGGGGCGCGCCAGGGUCCAUUUCCUCCUUUUCUCCGUUUUCCCACCAUCCCUGUAGAUGCGGAGCCAGCAGUCGGGCUGGAGCGGAGGCUGAGGGUCGCCGUUCCGCGGGAGGUCUCUCGCCCCGGGUUAGGCCCCACCCCGCGGUGGCGGUCGCGUGGCGCUGUCCUGGAGUUGAGCUGUGCCCGCGCCGCGGCCCGCACGCCCAGGACCGCACACCGCCGCCCGCAGGCAGGGACGCCUACAACCUCGCUUCUCACCAGGCGCCCAGCUCGGGGCUGGGAACGGGAAGGGUGCAUUUCCGUGUGGGGUGGGGGCGAUUCCCGGCUGUCGGCGGUGGGGCUAGGCCUUGCGGCGGAAGAGCCAGGCCUUCGCGGCUUUCCAGCCAGCCGGGUUCGGGAUUUCUCGACGGUCGAACCGGUGGAGGCGAGGGUGGGCGGCUAUCCCCCAGCCUCUUCAGGAAGAAGCCGUGGGGCCACGGAAGCUGUCUUCCUCCAGGAUCCUGUGGAGUCAUCCAGGAAGCACAGUGAGGGGCAGUCGGUUGGAGGACCUAACAGUGCCUUCUGCCCCUAGCACAUUCGCCACAGAAGAAGACUACUCUGGGACUCAGCAGUAUGGGAUGGUGCUGUGGCAGCAGUCUCCUUGGAGCUCACUGGAUCCUUAGAAUUAUUUUGUGAUGCUUGUUCUGCAUCUUGAAAUGACGACCUGUGCCUCUGGGACUCAGCUGCAAGGAAGACAAGUGGAAGGCAAGUGGACAUGUUUUUCUGUGUAUCCCAAAACAGGUAGCAGUGUCUUUGCAGUGCACUGGAUGGAUGGAUGAAGGCACUCUCCCAGGCUUCCAACUCUUGGGCUGUGGAUGCUGUGAUAUACCACCCUGACCCCUCUUCAGGACUUUUGGGAGUCCUGCCACCUGUCAGCACUCUCCAGAAACCUACGCUCCGCUGGAGAGAGAGCUUGGGGCAGCCAAAUCCAAGACUGGUUGAUGUGGAGAAUGGAGGCCCAUCCGCCUCACCCCAACUUGGGGCAGCUCUGCGGGUCAUCCCGGCCCAGAGUUCCCCAUGGGGUCAGCUGAGGCCUUUGAUGAGACUGACAGACAUUCCAGCAUCUUCUUUUGCCCAAUCCUGUUUUUCUCCCUUCUCUUCCAUAGAUGUUGAUCCUGGGUACACUGUCUAGUAAGUGUCCUGCACGCUCAUCUCUAUCUCAGAGUCCACUUCCAGGGAGCUCUGCCUGCACCACCAGUUGCAGCAACACCAGCAAAUUCACUCAUUUUUACUAAUUCUGAUUUGACUUCUAAUUCACAAUUACCUGCAUGGCAUCUGUAACUAAGAUGACCCUACAGACUGGUUUGGCUGGGACAGUCCAUUUGUGACUUUCAUUACCAAGAGAUUUAAUUAUUAUUAGUAGCAAUGCUUUUUACUUUUAAAAUAUCCACAGUUUGAACAAUGAAUUAUAUAGCCACCCUACCUAUAUAAACAGUCCUAAUGUUCCCAGGCCUCACUGCCAGCAUGAAAAAUAGUACGUUGACAUAGUGUAAAUGUCCUGAGCUUAGAGGUCCCACUAAAUAUAACUUCAGAACCUCAGCCCCCUUGCAGGGCUCUCCACACUGACCCUGCUUCCUCCCCAGAACACCUGAGUGAUCAUCAGGAGCCCACACAUUCUCAACAGAUCACACUGCUGCUUGGCCACUGCUCUCCACCCUCUUCUGAGGCUGCUGCUUAUACCCCAGUGUUGAUGGCCUCCUCUCUGUUCCCCGGAGCAGAGGCUCCCACCAGCACUGUUGCUCUUGGGCAUCAGAUAGGUUCUGGGAGCUUCACCCUUGUCAGAAGGCCUAGAUGGCUCCGGGAGGUCCCAUGGAUGCUCAGCCCAAACCAGGUUUUGAGUCCUUAUUUCGGUUGUAGCUUGAUAUAUCUAUGCACCCCACCUCCAUACAGUAAAUGAAAAAAACAUCAUUCCUUUGCAUAGUAGACAUUCUUCUCUCUGGAUCCCACAGCAGAGUGGUGGGCUCUAUGUGGGUGCAGUUGGUCUCAUUUUAUCUACAAAGCUCUUUCUCACUCAGGGUCACACAUAGGCCAUCAAGGUGGCUGGAUCGGGUUAGGGUUUAAUAGCCUCCAAACUAUACCUGGAAUCCCUAUUCCUACCUAACCCUAUGGCUCAAAUUCUUUUUUCCAGGAGUUUUCUCACACUCCAUGCAAGUGAAUUGGCACAGACAGACAUGGGGAAAUUGGAAUCUAAUUCCACAUAAACCAGUUAUGUAUACAGGAAGUCCUUAUUUUGCAUAGUAGUGCAAGACCCUUAAAAUGACUGUGUAAGCUGAAACCCCGCAAAGCAAUCUUAAUAAUCAGUGGGAAGAAUUACAGUUGUUCUGUGACCUUUAAACAUUUUUGUCAAAACAUUAAACAUUCUCUUACUGUUGGUUAUAAAUGCAUAGGGAAAUGAAAAAUUAACAAAACUAAUAUUUAUUUAUUACAUUGUAAUUUAAAACAUUAGAAACAUUGAGAAUUAAGGUGUUUUAUUUCUUUGUAAAACACAUAUCAAACAUCGUUUGCUCAGUUCUUGCCUUUUUUCCCUUGCUGUAUAGCUUAUGAUACAGCUGGAGCAACUUUUCUAUGCCUUGGUGAAUUGUCGUACUUUGUUCUAAGUGUAGUCUAGUUCUAAGUCAGCUUGUGAUGUUUUAUCCUUUGCUCUUGCAAUGUCAUAAAGUAUCUGUAAGAAUUCCUUGAAGAUGAAGUUUUUUGCCAGUGCCACUUCCAUUGGGACAUCUUCAUUUUCUUGGGAUCUGGAUGCAAAUUUCCCAGCUACAUCCUUACCUGUGCUAGCAGCUUCAUUAGUAGCUUGACAUCAAUCAGUUCAUGCGAAAUUCUGGAAUGGGGAAACAAGCCUUUACUGGCAGUAAAAGAUUCUUCUUCAGUAUCCUUGUAAUUACCAUUUUCUUUCAAUGUGGCAACUAAGAUCAAUGCCUUGGCCAGGAUGCAAGCCAAACUACUUCGGAUUUUGAAAUAUUACAGUCUUCAAUCCAAAGUGGAAAACUCUCCAAGUAUAAGCAGCUUUCUGUUCGUAUUGUAAUUUAAACUAAAAGAUGAAGCAACAUUACCUUGUUUUUAAUACACAUUGGAUUUUUCCAGUGCAGUUUGUUCCAUAGCUCCAUGCAGGCCAUGGUGCAUCUGAUCUUUGCUCUGCUCUUGCCAAUUUCAAAUCUUCAGUCUAAUCACAUACAGUUUACUGCCAGCGUUAUCACAUUCUGUUUCUUUGUUGCAUUUUUAUUUUUGUUCGCUUACCCUCUAUCAAUGAUCCAAUUUUGUAACAUUUUCGUCACAUGGAUUUAUCACUGGAAGACAAGGAAGCAACACAACUUCACAUUUUGCUGUCUGGGCAUGAACUGAAUAACAGAUGUGCAAUGACUAAUCAUGGACAGGUUUUGAAAGAAGUGAUGUGAUUGGUUCAUCAUGAUGUGCAUCUGUUAUUUAUGUCAUAAUUUAUGGACCGGCAAGCAGGCAAUGAAGUUUGUACUUUAUGCAAUUAUAGUUAAUAUACUGUGGUGACUGAAAUUUGAACUAGUUGUUGGGAACUGGUAUUAUUUCACUAAACUGAAACUUGUGUACAUCAGUUCCAUAAAAAGCAAGGACUGCUUUAUUAAUGUAUACCAAGCAAAUAUUUCUGGGCAUAUUUACAACACAGCACUUCCUCCUCCUUGUGGUUGGAUGGUUCCACGUGACCAGUCUAGCCAAUGGAUUGUGAGCAGAAGUUACAUGUGUCAGUUCCAUGCCAAACCAUUUGAUGGACAAUCAAUCCCGUCCUAGACCCUGAGGAUAUCAGAGGAGGUGGCUGCUCUGUUAGCCUAAGUCUCUGAGCAACAAAGGUGAGCAGAGGCCCCCUGCUGAGAUAUGAUGGACAUGUAGCAUAAGCAAGAAGUAAACCUUUGUUUUAAGCCACUGAGAUCUUGGGGUUAUUUGUUUCUAUAGCAUAACAACUCAUUAUGAUUGAUAUAAAAUAUAAUCAGGAGGUAAUCUAGGAAAAGGAGGAUAGAAAGCUGGGCAGAAUUUAGAACCCAGAAAUUGGCAGCUGAUAGUCAAAAGGGCUCCAAAUUUGUGGGGCUAGGAGUAGAGGAAGAAUCAGGGGCAUGUACUUAAAAAAAAUAUUUAUAUGAUAAAAAAUUUAGCACAGACACAGAAAAGAAAUGUAUAACUUAAUAAAUCAUUAAAAAGUGAAGGUUAUCCAAUGGCUUAAUGGGUGAAUGGGCUAUCAUGGGAGUGGGACUGGUGGCUUUAUAAGAAGGAGAAGAGAGACCUGAGCUAGCACUUAGCCCCCUUGCCAUGCGAUGCUCUGUACCACUUCAGGACUCUGCAGAAAGUGCCUACCAUCAAGAAGUCUCUUGCCAGACGUGGUGCCUUGACUCUGAACUUCUCAGCCUCUGUAAUUGUAAGAAAUAAAUUCCUUUUCUUUAUAAAUUA